UUGCGGUUUACCUGCCCUCUCCACUCCCUCUUCCUUGGGCUCCGAGAUGUGGGAUGACCGUCGCUGGGGGCUGUUCAAGCGCAACCUGCAACCCACCCUGACCCUGUGGAGCGCUUUCUGCUCCUUCGGGCUCUGCCUGGCUUUCCUGGGUCCCACAUUGCUCGACCUCCGCUGCCAGACCCACUCCAGUCUGCAACAGAUCACCUGGGUCUUCUUUGCACAGAACUUCUGCGUCCUUGUCGGAACCAUCAUUGGUGGGGUCUUCAAGAAAACGUUCUCCCGCUCUCUGGGUGCUCUGUUUGUCUCCACUCUACUGAUAUCAGUUGUGUUUUCCAUCAUUCCCUUCUGCAACAAUGUGAUCAUCCUUGCCUUCGUUCUGGCUGUGGCUGGGCUUGCCAUGGGCUGCAUUGACACCAUCGCUAACCUGCAACUGGUUCGCAUCUACCAGAAGGAUUCGCCUGUCUUCCUGCAGGUGCUCCAUUUCUGUGUUGGCUUUGGCGCAUUCCUGAGCCCCAUGAUUGCCGAUCCCUUCCUUUCCGAAACGAACUGCAUACAGAACAACCUGACUGCGAAUGGGACGUUCUCUGACUUGACACACAUUCGAAAAUCCCUGGUCCCCCACCAUGUUGUGAAUGAGACCCAGUUUGUUCUGCCGACUGAUGGGUUUGUCAUCUCACAAGUGUCCUACGCCUUCUGGAUCAUGGCUCUGAUCAAUCUGCCAGUGCCCUUUGCAGUACUUUUCCUGAUGUGUAAACAGGGUAUUGGAGGUUGCUGUGGUAAGAAAAGUGUGCCACUCUUACCUGCUGAAGAACUGCCCCCUGACCUGCAGAUGGACAGAUUAUCGCCAGAGCAGGAGCGAACAUUGCAUGCUAAAGAGCCUGAUGGUCUAAUUGAUUGCCUCAAGGGAUUGCACCUUCAAGAAGCUCCUUGUACCUUCUUUGUUGUCCAUAUUAUAGGCGCUGUCGUACUUUUUAUGUCAGAUGGAAUUUUGGGAGAGUACUCUGGAUUUGUAUACACCUAUGCUGUUGAGAAACCUCUCUACAUUGAACCCAGGGUAGCUGGGUACCUCAGCAGUCUUUUCUGGGCUUCCAUCACUCUGGGGAGACUGGCAUCUAUACCAGUGUCUGGAAAAUUAAAACCUGUGACUAUGGUGUUCAUAAACUUAGGCGGAAUCAUUGGCACUUUUGUCCUGAUGCUGUGUUUCCCAGUCAGUGUUGUUUGUCUCUAUGUGGGAACAGGACUUCUGGGUUUCUUCCUGAGCAGUACCUUUCCCAGUAUGCUGGCUUAUACUGAGGACAUCUUGAAUUACCAAGGAUGUGCAACAACUGUACUGGUGACAGGGGCAGGAAUCGGUGAGUUUGCCCUCCAGAUGCUUGUUGGAUCAAUUAUUCAGUCGCCUGAAACCGAUAUAUUCCUUGUGUGCGGGCUAACUUUUGGCUGUCUUGCCCUUCUGUUCUACCUGGUUCUUUUACUGGUGCACAGAUUACACAAUCAUCAGAGAAUGGCAGGUAAGCAGUCGAUCACUGGGUUAGCUGGGACAGAAAGAAACGCCAUUGAUUUUCCAAUUGUCUUUGUUUUCUCAGAACAGUCAAAAGCGGGCACGAUAGAGGAGUCAAAGUUCCCGUACCAGAGCUGA